AGCAAUAUUUUCCUUGGACUGUGUGCCCAGUGUUUGUGCCAACAGAAGUGGCAUCCUCUUAGAUUAAUGGGUUCAGUCGUCAGUCAACUGCAGCCCCCUGCUCUGUACGUGAACAUGAACAGUCCCCAGGCGGAGUUUGUGCGCGAGACGAUCAGCAAUCACAAGGUGGUGAUCUUCAGCAAGAGCUAUUGCCCCUACUGCAGCAUGGCCAAGGAGCAGUUCCGCAAACUGAAUGUGAACGCGACGGUGAUCGAGCUGGACCAGCGCGACGACGGCAACGAGAUUCAGGCAGUGCUAGGCGAGAUGACAGGGGCACGUACUGUGCCGCGCUGCUUCAUCGAUGGCAAGUUCGUGGGAGGCGGUACCGAUGUGAAGCGCCUCUACGAUCAGGGCAUACUCCAGAAGUACUUCCAGUGAUCCACUUUCAAGGAUACUGCUGCUUUUCCACCACUUAAAUUACGUUUCAUGGAAUAAAUAAUCCAAGUUUUCGCCUCUUCAAA